AUGCAUUGGUCUACCUACCUUGUUCUUCCCUUUUCCCUUUCAUUCGUGGUGGGAGCUGUUGCCUUCAAUGCAAGGGCGUAUACUAUCCAGUCUACCAGUUGCAAAGCUGUGGAUCGCGUCCUGGACGAAGAGGUCAAUAUUACCAUUGAUUAUGUAGACGUCAACCCGACUGCGGAGAAGAGCAUCAUCAUGAUCGAAGAGUUCAAGGACGAGUAUCGUAUGAUUGCUAUCGACUCGUCCAGCACGUUGGCUGAUAUUACUGGCGAUCUCACUUGCGUUCUUGAACAUGUUGGCAUUCAAUCUGCUAUUUGUCUCGGUCAUGACUGGGGUGCUGAAGUCUGCUACGAGGCUGCGAGGAGACGACCUGAUAUCUUCUAUGCCUUGGUUGGCGUGACUGUUCCGUAUUUGCACGCUGCUGGCCCCUUUGCAGACAGCGCUCAGCUUGCAGCAGUCAUGCCCAAGUUAGCUUACCAAGUUUUCUUCGAGAACCACACAACAGAAGCUGUAGCUGAGCUGAACAAGGAUAUCAGGAGAAGCCUACGCGCUACGUUGCGCACAGUCAACAGCGCCCCUCCAGAUAGUUUCCUCACAAGCACCAGUAAUUAUCUCAGUGCAUAUGACAAUAUUCCUCCAAUCCCGUUCUUCACCUCCUCCGAUGAAGAGUAUUUUGUCGAACGGUUCAGUAUACAGAAAUUUGACCAUACUCUCAUAUUCUACACUCGCGGAAACCGCUAUGGAACAUGGGAAUCAACUCAAGCGCAAGGAAAUUACACCAUUCCCCAGCCCGUCUUAUCUGUUUUGCCUCUAAACGAUCCUGUUGCAGACUGGGUAUUCGCCGCCAAGUACUUGAAAUCCGCGGAGUUCCUGCCACGACUGACGACCAAGACAAUGGAAGGUGCCCACUGGCCCCACCUCGAGCACCCACAAGUAUUCAAUGGCCUUCUCAGAGCAUGGUUGGAGACCUUGAAUCAUUCCUUCACGCCAGACCAGCGAGUCCUCUCGGACGAAUUGUAA